AUGUCUGCCUCAAACAGCUCCGACUAUGAGCUCCUGACUGAGCACUUUAGCUAUCCUCCCGUUUCCCUCCUCGACGACAUCAUAAACACCGUCAACGUCCUCGCCGACCGCGCUCUCGACUCAGUCGAGCGCCUGCUACUCUCCAUCCCCCCAAACAAGCUCGGCUUCCCCCAAAAGUCCCGUCGCAAUGGCGAUGCCACCCCCGCCGACGACGACGACGCGGCCGCCGCGGCCAAGCGCGAAAUCGAAAACGGCACCCACCAGCUCGAGACGCUGCUCAACGCCUCCAUCGACAAAAACUUUGACCUCUUUGAGCUCUACACCAUGCGCAACAUUCUCACCGUCCGCCCUCAGGAUCGGCCCUACAUGCGCCUUGCACACUACGACGGGCUGGACUUACCCCUGGCCUCGUCGCACAGUCCCCAACAUCAGGUGGAUCGGCCGACGGUCGAGUCGGUGACGGCCCUUCGCCGCCGCCUCCAGGCCAGCCAGAAGCUGCACGUCGCGCUCGAGGCCGAAAGAGUACGCAACGACGCUCUGCUGCGCAAGCUCAAGGCUCUUCUGGGCCUGCGCGACCAGGCGGAAGGAGAAGGGGACGUAAAAAAGGAAGACCGAGGGGCGCGGGACGAGCUCCAACCCAGCCCCUUUGGCUUCCUCGGCGACAAGGGCAACCUCACCGACGGCGGCAGCGAGCAGCCCAUAACCACGACGACGGAGUUUGCCCUCUCCCAGCUCCAGGCCCUGCGCUCCCUCUCCGUCUCGCUGCGAACCCUCCUCCCCGACCUCGGCACCGCAGACCCAGCCACAGGCCAAGAGAGCGAUGGCGACGACGACGACGAGGCGGUGGCGGCGGCGUCCAAUAAGCAGCAGCGAGCGUCGUCGGACAAGCCGCAUAGCAAGUCGUGGCGCCGCGAGCGCGCCGAGUACAUCGAGGCGUCGUCGCGCAAGUACCUCGAGCGCGUGGGCGGGCUCGAGCUCGGCCCGCGCGGCGACGUGCGCGACGGAGAGUGGCCUGGCGAGGGCCGGCGGCUGACGCGUGACGAGGUCGACGGCCUGGAGCGCACGGCGGCCGUGCUGGGCGGUGGCGGUGGCGGUGGAACGGGAGGAUUGGGCGAACGCAGGCGUGCCGAGGACGCCAUGGACGAUGAUGACGCGCCCGCCACCGGGGGCGGGUGA